AUGGCUACUGAUACAUCAAGUGUUGCAAACCAGCGAGUUGUUGACACCCUUGCGGCUAGAUUGCGGAGACGGCAAGUUGUAGGUUCCCGCGAAACUGCUCUCGAGACCGUCCUUGUCCUGAGGCAGGUCAUCUCAAAAGCACGAUUCUCCAAUAUCGACCAACUUGUCGAAAUUAUCCGAUCCGUUGGACGGAAGCUCGUGGAAGCACAACCUAAAGAAUAUACGGUCGGGAACACCGUGCGGAAAGUGCUACAUCAUAUCCGGGAGGAAUACCACACUGCUUCGAAAGGGACCGCGGUUGUGUCGAAAUCGAAAGAUGCCUUGUCGAUCGCAAAAUUCGUGUUGCAGGGUCAACCACGGACACAGAAUGUUGUCCAAAAGACGAAUUUGAACGACUCGCACGCCAUGUUGAAGGAGAACGAUGCGGAUGAUCCUGAUGCAUUUGCUCGAACGCUUAAACCCGUUCUUAUGGAAGCCAUCCAGGACGUCCUGGAUGAGCUGGAAACAGUGCAUGAUAACGUCUCGAAAAAUGCAAAGGAUCAUAUACAUUCCGACGAGAUAAUCCUGACCAUCGGCAAGUCGAGUACCGUUGAGGCAUUCCUUAAAGCUGCAGCACCCUAUCGGAAAUAUACUGUCAUCGUUGCGGAUACCGCACCAUCAUAUAGCGGACAUGAUAUGGCUCAAUCUCUGUCAUCCGCUGGCAUUUCAACGGUUCUUGUUCCCGACUCAUCCAUCUACGCACUCAUGUCUCGCAUCAACAAAGUCAUGCUUGGUGCACAUGCGAUACUAGCCAACGGCGGCAUGUUUGCGAUAACAGGAUCUCUACUUGCUGCCACGGCAGCUAGAGCGCAUAGCACCCCGGUUGUUGUUUGUGCUGGACAGUUUAAGCUCACCCCGCAAUGGAAUUUGUAUCACGAAUAUGGCGCACUCGACUUUGCAGAUCCAAGUAGUGUGCUAGGAUUUGAAGAAGGCAAUCUCGUCGAUAAGGUUGACGUGGUCAACCCCUUCUAUGACUAUGUUCGACCAGAGUUGAUUGACGCAUUCAUUACAAACGAUGGAGAUCACCCUCCAUCAUCGGUAUAUCGUCUUAUCAAGGAAGCAUAUGACGAUGAGGAUUACGAACUGUAGCAGAUGCAUGUAGAAAAAGCACGCUACAGACAGUGUAUUUGCAUCACCACUUGAGCAUACUGCUCGCCGUUCACUUGCUCUUGGUGCUCAAUAUAUCGAAAAAAGCGUCUUGGGGGAGGUCAACAGAUCCAAUGCGCUUCAUCUUUCGCUUGCUCU